CAAUUCUUGAAACCCUUACGUUCCGCGAAUGCAUUUGGGGGCCUUGCCUUGUUUGAUUUGCCUUUUUGCAAUCAAAAACCGUUGCCCGCUCACUUCUCAAAUCUUCGAAACCCUUGGACCUGGACCCUUCACGCUUGCAAUCGAAUAUCAGGGAUUCAUUAAGUGAUUAAUUGGAGAGCAUGAAUUUUAUGGAAAUAUAUUUUAACAACCAUUUAUGACCAUGAUUAGGAAAGGGUGCAAGCUAACGUGUUCAAGAAUGUUUUGAAUUGGGGAGACUUGAACAGUGGUGAUGAAAUGAGUAGAGAUAUGGUUGAUGUUUUAAAUGAAUCACGUGAUACAGAGGGGGCUAUUGUUGAUGCCCCUAAAAGGGAUGAUGUUGGGGUUGAAGAGGAGACAGAUUUUGAGCCACGUAAUGGUAUUGAGUUCGAAUCACAUGAGACAGCGUAUUCAUUUUAUCAAGAGUAUGCAAAGUCUAUGGGAUUUACAACCUCAAUAAAAAACAGCCGUCGUUCAAAGAAAUCAAAAGAAUUUAUCGAUGCUAAAUUUGCAUGUUCCAGAUACGGAGUCACACCAGAAUCAGAUGGUGGCAGCAGUAGACGCCCAAGUGUGAAAAAGACCGACUGCAAAGCUAGUAUGCAUGUGAAGAGACGUAAAGAUGGAAAAUGGUAUAUUCAUGAAUUUAUGAAGGACCAUAAUCAUGAGCUGUUACCAGCCCUAGCAUACCAUUUCCGAAUUCAUAGGAAUGUAAAAUUAGCUGAAAAGAAUAAUAUUGACAUUUUGCAUGCUGUUAGUGAACGAACAAGAAAGAUGUAUGUUGAGAUGUCCAGACAAUCUGGCAGCUGUAAAAGUGUUGGCAUUCUGAGGACUGGCAUGAAUUAUCAGUUUGAUAAAGGACGGUACUUGGCUAUGGAUGAGGGAGAUGCACAAUUUAUGCUUAAUUAUUUCAUGCACAUACAGAAAGAGAAUCCCAAUUUCUUCUAUGCAAUAGAUUUAAAUGAAGAACAACGGCUCAGAAACUUGUUCUGGGUUGAUGUUAAAAGUAGGAGUGACUAUGUCAGUUUCAGUGAUGUUGUUUUCUUGGACACCAGUUAUAUCAAAAGCAACGAAAAAAUGCCAUUUGCUCCUUUUGUUGGGGUGAACCAUCACUAUCAGUCUAUGUUGCUUGGAUCUGCGCUGGUUGCAGAUGAGACUAAGUCAACAUUUGUUUGGGUACUGAAGGCUUGGCUUCGGGCAAUGGGUGGGCAGCAUCCUAAAGUUAUAAUCACUGAUCAAGACAAAGCUAUGAAGGCAGCUAUUGAAGAAGUUCUCCCAAAUUCACGACAUUGCUUUUCUCUUUGGCAUGUAAUGGAAAAGAUCCCAGAAGCCCUUGCUCAUAUAAUCAAGCGGCAUGAGAAUUUUAUUGGAAAGUUCACCAAGUGCAUUUCUAAAUCAUGGACGGAUGAACAGUUCGAUAUGAGAUGGUGGAAGAUGGUCAGUAGAUUUGAACUUCAAGAAGAUAAUUGGAUUCAUUCAUUGUAUGAGGAUCGGAAAAAAUGGGUGCCUACUUACAUGAGGGAUACAUUCUUAGCUGGGAUGUCUACAGCUCAGCGGUCUGAAAGUGUCAACUCCUCCUUUGACAAAUACAUCCAUAAGAAAAUUACCCUAAAAGAGUUUGUCAAACAAUACGGGUCAAUCAUCCAAAACAGGUACGAAGAAGAAGCCAUUGCUGAUUUUGAUACAUGGCAUAAACAGCCUGCAUUAAAGUCUCCAUCACCUUGGGAAAAACAAAUGUCAACGGUUUAUACACAUGCAAUAUUCAAGAAAUUCCAGGUUGAGGUUUUGGGUGUAGUUGGAUGCCAUCCUCGAAAAGAGAGUGAAGAUGGAACACAUGUAACAUUUAGAGUUGAUGACUGCGAGAAAGGUGACGAUUUUAUGGUGACAUGGGAUGAGGCGAAGUCUGACGUUUCUUGUUCAUGUCUUCUGUUUGAAUACAAAGGUUUUCUUUGCAGACAUGCAUUGAUUGUUCUCCAAAUCUGUGGUCUUUCAAGCAUCCCUUCACACUAUAUUUUGAAAAGGUGGACUAAAGAUGCAAAGAGCGGGCAUUUGGUGGUUCAAGGAACUGAACAGAUACAAACUAGAGUGCAGCGUUACAAUGAUUUAUGUAAGCGAGCCAUUGAACUAGGUGAGGAGGGGUCUUUAUCUGAAGAUAGUUACACCAUUGCAUUUCGUGCACUAGUUGAGGCCCUGAAGAACUGUGUAAAUGUCAAUAACAAAAGUGCUGCAGAAUCAAGUAGCAGUACACUUGGUCUCCGUGACAUUGAAGAAGAGAAUCAAGGAAGCCUUACAAUUAAAACAAGUAAGAAGAAGACAGCAAAUAAGAAAAGAAAGGUACAACCAGAGUCAGAAGCUGUAAUGAUCGAGCCACAGGAAAGCUUGCAGCAAAUGGAGAAUCUAAGCUCAGAAGGAAUAACACUCAAUGGUUAUUAUGGCACCCAGCAGAAUGUGCAAGGACUGAUACAGCUGAACUUGAUGGAACCACCCCACGAUGGUUAUUAUGUUAAUCAACAGAGCAUGCAAGGGCUGGGGCAAUUAAGCUCAAUAGCUUCCAGUCACGACGGGUUUUUCGGGGCCCAACAAAAUAUGCAAGGACUGGUAUAUUAUUUUACUUCCCAUAGAGGGCGGCAUAAUGGACAUUUGGAUUUCAGGCCACAAACUAGUUUCACUUACAGCUUGCAGGUGAGUAAUAGUGAGGAUGAGCCCAACUUGAGAUCCACCCAGUUGCACGGCAAUGCUACAAGACAUGCAUGAAGGGGGGGAGAUAGCAACAUGAAGGUUAAGCUGGUUUAGUGUACGCACCUGGCAGUCAAGAGAAGUCGGUUUCGUGGGAAUAAUGGUUUCAUGACCAUCCUCCUCUUCUGUGCCUUUUGAACAAAAUGAAUUAGUACGUAGUUUGAGGUGUAAUCUUUGAUCUUAUAUUUUUCCAAACUGAAAGGAAUCGAAUGCUUGCCAUUUCACACCCACUGAAUUACAUCCUGGGUAAAAAGUCAGCUAUGUUGUAUAUAUAUGUUCAUAAUGUAGUGGUGUUGAAGGCAAAGCGAGGCAGCUAGAAAUAAUAGAUUUCAAGUUUUGGGAAAUAACUUUGGUCCUAUGUGCAAGUAGUGGUUGGAGCUGAAGCCCAGUGGAAGAGUCGGUAUUUUCUCAUUGGUGAUUGUAAUUUACUAGAAGCAGUAUUAUAUGCAGAUGAUUCCCCAACCACCAUCUAUAUUAUUGCUAAGGCACCUUAUAGCCA